GGCGCGUGGGGAGACUGGCAGGCGCGCGGUGCUGUGACCGUUAGUCCGGCACCAGCGGUGGACGGGGAGAGAGCGCGCGGAUAAACCAUGGCCGAGGGCGGCGAAGGAGAAGAGGAGAUUCUGUUCCUGAGAACAGAUGAUGAAGUUGUUUUUCAAUGUACCACAACCAUUGUCAAAUCGCAGAUUAAGCUCUGCCUUGCUGCUGAAGGAUUUGGAAAUCGACUCUGUUUCCUUGAACCAACAUCAAAUGCUAAGAAUGUGCCUCCAGACCUUGCAAUCUGCAGCCUUGUCCUGGAGCAGUCGCUCUCGGUCCGAGCUCUGCAGGAAAUGCUGGCCAACACCAUUGAAAAGGGCAAUGAGUCUUCUCAAGGAGGAGGGCACAGAACCCUUUUGUAUGGUCAUGCUAUUCUACUCAGGCAUUCUCAUAGUGGCAUGUAUUUAUGUUGUUUGACAACCUCAAGGUCUCUAACAGAUAAAUUAUCCUUUGAUGUUGGACUGCAAGAAGAUGCUUCAGGGGAAGCUUGCUGGUGGACUAUUCAUCCAGCCUCCAAACAGAGGUCGGAAGGUGAGAAAGUACGUGUAGGUGAUGACCUCAUCCUUGUCAGUGUUUCUUCUGAGAGAUAUCUGCAUUUAUCUUGUGCCAGCGGAGAUUUGCAAGUGGAUGCCUCUUUUAUGCAGACUCUUUGGAAUAUGAACCCUACCUGCUCAGGCUGUGAGCUUGCUGAAGGAUUUGUAACUGGAGGGCAUGUUCUUCGCCUGUUCCAUGGUCAUAUGGAUGAAUGUCUGACCGUAGCAUCAUUUGAUCAGGGUGAAGAUCAACGCAGGUUAGUUCAUUAUGAAGGUGGUGCAGUGUGCAGCCAUGCCAGGUCCUUGUGGCGAUUGGAGCCAUUACGCAUCAGCUGGAGUGGUAGCCACAUGAAAUGGGGUCAGUCUUUCCGUAUUCGUCAUGUUACCACAGGCAAAUAUUUGGGCCUGGAUGAAGAGAAAGGGCUUUUACUCUUUGAACAGGAGAAAUCAAACAUCAAAAUCACUUCAUUUUGUUUCCGAAUCUCAAAGGAUAAAAUCGAUACAUCUCAUAAAAGGGAUGUAGAAGGCAUGGGAACCCCUGAGAUCAAGUACGGUGAGUCGAUGUGCUUUGUCCAACAUGUGAACAGUGGACUUUGGUUGACGUAUGCAGCAGCUGAUACCAAAACAGUCCGCUUGGGACCUUUGAAGAGAAAAGCUAUACUACACCAAGAAGGACACAUGGAUGAUGCACUUUCACUGUCACGUUCGCAACAAGAGGAAUCCCAGGCUUCACGAAUGAUUUAUAGCACAGGCGGCCUUUUCAACCAAUUCAUUAAUGGUCUAGAUAUGCUAAGUGGAAAGAAUAAGUCUUCAGCUCCAGUAUCCUUACCUAUUGAUACAAUAGUGCUGAGCCUUCAGGAUCUGAUCAACUACUUCCAACACCCCGAAGAGGAGCUUGCUCAUGAAGAGAAGCAGACCAAAUUACGCUCACUCAAAAAUAGGCAGAAUUUAUUCCAGGAAGAGGGCAUGAUUCAACGGGUGUUGGAUUCCAUUGACCGAAUGAACAUGUAUAACAGCGCAGCUCAUUUCUCUGAGUUUGCGGGAGAAGAAGCAGCUGAAUCUUGGAAAGAAAUUGUUAACCUUCUUUAUGAACUGUUAGCUGCUCUCAUCCGUGGAAAUCGUAGAAAUUGUGCUCUCUUUUCCGAUAACCUUGACUGGUUGGUCAGUAAACUGGAUCGACUGGAAGCUUCUUCAGGUAUCCUAGAAGUCCUGUACUGUGUUUUGAUUGAAAGCCCUGAAGUUCUGAACAUCAUAACAGAAAACCAUAUCAAAUCAAUUAUCUCUCUUUUGGACAAACAUGGACGAAAUCAUAAGGUGCUGGAUGUAUUGCGCUCUCUCUGUGUCUGCAAUGGCGUGGCAGUACGAUCCAAUCAAAAUCUUAUUACGGAGAAUCUACUUCCUGGUCGUGAUCUGCUGCUCCAAACAAACAUGAUUAACUAUGUCACCAGCAUGAGGCCAAAUAUUUUUGUGGGUACAUAUGAAGGUUCUACACAAUAUAAGAAGUGGUACUUUGAACUGAUUGUGGACUAUGUUGACCCAUAUGUAACACCACAAUCUACUCAUCUACGAGUAGGCUGGGCGUUAACAGAGGGUUACAGCCCUUAUCCAGGAGGAGGUGAGGGCUGGGGGAGCAAUGGAGUUGGAGACGACUUAUAUUCCUAUGGUUUUGAUGGACUUCACCUGUGGUCAGGACAUAUUGCCAAGGCAGUUGCUGCUCCUGAUGCACACUUGCUUGCUGCUGAUGAUGUUGUUAGUUGCUGCCUUGACUUGAGUGUUCCAAGUAUCUCUCUCCGGAUCAAUGGUCAUCCUGUGCAAGGCAUGUUUGAAAAUUUUAAUGUGGAUGGCCUCUUUUUCCCUGUGGUUAGCUUUUCUGCAGGAGUCAGGGUCAGAUUUUUACUAGGUGGUAGGCAUGGGGAAUUCAAGUUUAUGCCUCCACCUGGUUAUUCUCCUGGUUAUGAAGCACUACUACCAAAGGAAAGAAUGAGAAUAGAGCCCAUCAAACAAUAUAAGCAUGAUUUUGAUGGCAUUCGAAAUCUUUUGGGCCCUGUACAAUCACUGUCACAUACUGAAUUUGCUCCGUCUCCUGUGGAUACAGCGCAGAUUGUUCUACCACCUCAUCUGGAACGUAUACGAGAGAAAUUAGCUGAAAACAUACAUGAGCUUUGGUCUAUAACAAAGAUCGAGAUAGGUUGGACGUAUGGCACAAUCCGAGAUGACAACAAAAAACUGCACCCUUGUCUCGUUGAGUUUCAUAGGUUACCUGAACCUGAGAGAAACUACAACUUGCAAAUGUCUGGUGAAACUCUGAAAACCCUCCUGGCAUUAGGGUGCCAUGUUGGAAUGGCUGAUGAAAAGGCAGAAGAAAAUCUAAAGAAAAUUAAAAUGGCCAAAUCGUACCUUAUGUCAAGCGGUUAUAAACCUACUCCACUUGACCUUUCCCAUGUAAAACUUACUCCAGCCCAGAAUACUUUGGUGGACAAACUGGCUGAAAAUGGUCACAAUGUCUGGGCACGGGAUCGCAUCCGCCAAGGGUGGACUUUCAGUAUUUUGCAGGACAUAAUGAAUAAGAGAAAUCCCCGCCUCGUACCAUAUAAUCUCCUGGAUGAACGCACAAAGACAACAAACCGAAACAGCUUGUGUGAGGCUGUCCGUACAUUGCUUGGUUACGGCUACAACAUUGAGCCACCAGAUCAAGAAACAAUUGCCCAUACCACAGGUAAAGGCCGCAGUGACAAGGUGCGGCUGUUUCGUGCUGAGAAGUCAUAUGCGGUGAAGUGUGGAAAGUGGUAUUUUGAAUUUGAAGCUGUGACUGUGGGAGAAAUGAGAGUGGGAUGGGCACGGCCUGACUGCAGGCCUGAUAUACCAUUGGGUGCUGAUGACCUUGCUUUUGUCUUUAACGGAUUUAAGGGUCAGCGCUGGCAUGUAGGGAGUGAACCGUUUGGCCGUACGUGGCAAUCAGGUGAUGUGGUUGGCUGCAUGAUUGACCUGGACGACAUGAACAUCAUGUUCACGCUCAAUGGAGAGAUGCUUAUCAGAGAUUCUGGUUCCGAAUUGGCUUUUACGGACAUUGAAAUAGGCGAUGGGUUCAUUCCUGUGUGUAGCCUGGGACUUUCUCAGAUUGGGCGCAUUAACCUAGGCCAAGAUGUUAGCAGCCUGAGAUACUUCCCCAUCUGUGGUUUACAGGAAGGUUUUGAGCCCUUUGCUGUAAACAUGAAACGGGAUAUCACAAUGUGGUUCAGCAAAAGUUUGCCUCAGUUUGUUCCUGUUCCUGCUGACCAUGGCCACGUUGAGAUUACAAGAAUUGAUGGAACAGUUGACAGCCCUCCUUGCUUGAAGGUUUCCCAUAAAACAUUUGGGUCUCAGAACAGCAACAGCGAUAUGCUGUUCUUUCGACUCAGCAUGCCUGUUGAGUUUCAUGACACAUUCAAAUGUACCCCGGGAACAACACCAUUAACCAGAAUGACAAUCCCAGAAGACGAAGUUGAAGAUAUUGAUAUGGAUUCAGAGUUUGAAGUUCUUAAAAAAUCAGCCAGUCGAACUCAAACCGAAACCCCUGCCAAUGAGAAGGAGGGCUUGAAGGAUGCGGCUAAGGAACUGGCCAAAACAGAGAAUGAGAAAGAUUCCUCCUCUGAGAAAAGUAAAUCCAAAACCAGGUUCUUAUUUAAAAAAAAGCCUGCCUUUAUUAGUCCAUCACCAGUUAUACCAACUGUUCCGCGCUUAAUACAAGAUGUUGUGCCGGAUGACAGAGAUGAUCCAGAAAUAAUUUUGAACACAACCACGUAUUACUAUUCCGUAAGGAUAUAUGCUGGGCAAGAACCAAGUGGUGUGUGGGUUGGCUGGGUGACCCCAGAUUUUCACCAAUAUGAUGGCAACUUCGAUUUAUCCAAAGUUCGCACUGUCACAGUUUCAGUGGGAGAUGACCAAGGAAAAGUCCAUGGCAGUAUGAAGCGCAGUAAUUGUUACAUGGUCUGGGGAGGUGAAUUUAGUAACAGCUCACAACCGAGCCGGAGUAAUGUCGACCUGGAGAUUGGGUGUCUUGUUGAUUUGGCGACUGGCCUCAUGACUUUCACAGCGAAUGGAAAAGACAUUAACACCUAUUACCAGGUUGAACCAAAUAAGAAGUUAUUCCCUGCCAUCUUUGUGCAGCCUUCCAGUCAGAAUAUGUGCCAGUUUGAACUUGGAAAGCUGAAGAAUAUUAUGCCCAUUUCAGCAGCAAUGUUUAAGAGUGAACGGAAGAAUACCACACCUCAAUGUCCUCCCAGACUUGACGUCCAAAUGAUCACACCGGUAGUGUGGAGUCGCAUGCCAAAUGACUUUUUGAUUGUAGACACUGGACGCAUCAGUGAACGGCAUGGUUGGAUGGUCGAAUGCAUUGACCCAAUUAUCAUGAUGGCACUACAUAUUCCUGAGGAAAACAGAUGUAUUGACAUCUUGGAGUUGUCUGAACGCAAAGACCUUUUGAAAUUUCACUACCACACAUUGCUACUCUACUGUGCUGUUUGUGCAUUAGGCAACAACCGGGUUGCCCAUGCCAUUUGUAGCCAUGUUGAUGAAUUUCAGUUACUCUACACUAUUGAGAACAUGUACAUAUCAGGUCUUCUACGUAGCGGCUAUUAUGAUCUACUUAUUAGUGUGCAUCUGGAAUCAGCUAAACGAUCUCGACUCAUGAUGAAUAAUGAGUUCAUUGUCCCUAUGACUGAAGAAACCAAACAUAUCACAUUGUUCCCAAAUGGGUACCGAGUUCAUGGCCUACCUGGUGUGGGAGUUUCCACAUGUUUGCGACCCCCACUCCAUUUUGCAUCUCUAUCAUUUGUUGGCACUAGUGAUGAUCGGUACCAGUUCAGCCCUGAGAUUCCAUUAGACAUUCUUAAAACAAAAGCAAUUAACAUGCUGACUGAGGCUGUUCAAGAUGGUGGACAACAUACAAGGGAUCCUGUGGGCGGAAGUGUGGAAUUUCAAUUUGUCCCAGUACUAAAACUUGCGAGCACUCUCCUUAUCAUGGGAGUCUUUGACGAUGAAGAUGUUAAACACAUACUUAAGAUGAUUGAACCUAAUGUGUUUGCUGAAGUCAAAGAAGAAGUCGAAAAAAUAGAAAGUGAAAAUGUAAAGGAAGAAGCAGUGCCAGCAGUCAAUGGAGAGGGAGAGGAUGAAGGAGAAGAAGCAGAAGAAAAAGAAGAAGAGAAAGAUGAGCAAGAAAUAGACGAGACAAAAGAAGAUAUUCUUGAAGAAGGUGCUAAGGAGGAGGAACUAGAGGAAGGACUGCUGCAGAUGAAACUGCCCGAAUCAGUCAAAUUACAGAUGUGCAAACUUUUGCAGUUCUUCUGCGACUGUGAAUUGCGACAUCGUGUUGAAUCGAUUGCAUCGCUUGCGGAUCGAUUUGUUAAUAGAAUGCAAACAGAUCAGAGGGAGCGUUACCGUGAGCUCAUGCUAUGCUUCAACAUGAGUGCAGCUGAGACUGCCAGAAAAACACGAGAAUUCCGCUCCCCACCACAAGAACAGAUUAACAUGCUCAUGAAUUUCAAAAUGGGGCCAGAUGAAGAGGUUUGCCCUCUUCCAGAUAAAGUGAGAGAUGUCUUGCUUGACUUCCAUGUGAAACUUCUUGCACAUUGUGGUAUUCAAAUAGAAGAAGAUGAGGAAGAGGAAGAAAAAGAUACUUCACUCAAAGGGCGUUUACUAAAUCUUGUUGAAAAAGUAAGAAACUUGAGGAAAAAGGAUGAAAUAGAGCCGGCUCCAAUUGAAGAAGAUGACAAAACACCUAGUACAUUGCAGGAGCUGAUUUCUCACACUGUGGUUCAUUGGGCCCAGGAAGCCUUCAUCCAGAACCCUGAACUUGUGAGGUUGAUGUUCAGCUUGCUGCAUAGACAAUACGAUGGCGUUGGUGAACUUAUCCGGGCUAUGCCAAAGGCCUAUAUUAUUAGCGCUACAUCCGUGGAGGACACCAUGAACUUGUUGGAAUGUCUGGGUCAGAUUCGCUCAUUGCUCAUUGUCCAAAUGGGUCCAGAAGAAGAGAGGCUUAUGAUCCAGAGCAUCGGAAACAUCAUGAACAAUAAAGUCUUCUAUCAGCAUCCAAAUUUGAUGCGUGCUUUGGGAAUGCAUGAAACUGUUAUGGAAGUAAUGGUGAAUGUGUUGGGUGGUGGCGAUUCCAAGGAGAUACGGUUCCCCAGAAUGGUGACAAACUGCUGCCGAUUCCUUUGCUAUUUCUGUCGCAUCAGUCGUCAGAAUCAGAGAGCCAUGUUUGAUCAUUUAAGCUACCUAUUGGAUAAUAGUGGCAUUGGACUGGGAAUGCGAGGUUCUACUCCACUGGAUGUUGCAGCUGCUUCAUGCAUUGACAAUAAUGAACUUGCACUCGCUCUGCGGGAACCGGAUAUGGAAAAGGUGGUGACAUACCUGGCGGGAUGUGGAUUGCAAAGCUGCCCGAUGCUUCUGGCAAAAGGAUAUCCAGAUAUUGGGUGGAAUCCUGUUGGAGGCGAACGCUAUCUAGAUUUUCUACGUUUUGCUGUAUUUGUUAAUGGUGAAAGUGUUGAAGAAAAUGCCAAUGUGGUUGUGCGCUUGCUAAUACGUCGCCCUGAAUGCUUUGGGCCAGCCCUACGAGGUGAAGGUGGUAGUGGUUUACUUGGGGCCAUCGAGGAUGCUAUCAAGAUAUCUGAGGAUCCUGCCCGUGAUGGACCAACGGUCAAGAAAGACCGUAGACGGGAAUUCUAUAGUGAAGAGGUCCAUGAAGAAAAUCGUGUCCAUCUGGGGAAUGCCAUCAUGUCUUUCUAUUCAGCACUAAUCGAUCUAUUGGGCCGCUGUGCUCCAGAAAUGCAUUUGAUUCAAGCUGGCAAAGGUGAAGCAUUGAGAAUCCGAGCUAUCCUGCGAUCCUUGGUUCCCAUUGAAGACUUGGUUGGUGUUAUAAGCCUGCCAGUGCAGAUACCUGCCUUUGGAAAAGAUGGCAACCUUGUUGAGCCUAAAAUGUCAGCCAGUUUUGUCCCUGACCAUAAGGCUCCCAUGGUGCUGUUCCUGGACCGUGUGUAUGGGAUAGAGAGUCAAGAUUUUCUCCUUCAUGUUUUGGAGGUUGGCUUCUUACCUGACAUGAGAGCUGCUGCCUCCUUGGACACUGUUGCUUUCAGUACCACAGAGAUGGCCCUGGCUUUGAACCGUUACCUUUGCACUGCAGUUCUUCCACUGAUAACCAAGUGUGCACCUUUGUUUGCUGGAACGGAACAUAGAGCUAUAAUGAUUGAUUCCAUGCUUCACACCAUUUACCGGUUGUCCAGGGGUCGCUCACUGACCAAGGCUCAGAGGGAUGUUAUUGAAGAUUGUCUGAUGGCUCUGUGCAGCUUUCUCCGUCCAUCUAUGUUGCAGCAUCUACUGCGUCGACUGGUUUUUGAUGUACCAAUAUUGAAUGAAUAUGCCAAGAUGCCACUGAAGUUGCUAACCAACCACUAUGACAGAUGUUGGAAAUACUACUGUCUUCCAUCUGGGUGGGCAAAUUAUGGUGUAACCUCUGAAGAAGAACUCCACCUGACUCGGAAACUAUUCUGGGGAAUCUUUGAGUCGGUGUCUCAGAAGAGAUAUGAUUCUGACUUGUUCAAGACGGUGAUGCAGUGCCUUUGUGCGAUUGCUGGUGCACUCUCUCCAGAUUAUGUUGAUGCCAGCUAUUCCUCCAAGGUUGAGAAGAAAGCUUCAGUGGAUUCAGAAGGCAACUUUGACCCUAAACCUGUGGACACUCUGAAUGUCAUAAUUCCUGAAAAAUUGGACCCCAUUAUCAACAAGUAUGCAGAGUAUACACAUGACAAGUGGGCUUUCGAGAAGAUACAAAAUAACUGGAGUUUUGGUGAAAUUAUUGAUGAAGAGGCUCGAACACACCCAUGGUUGAGGCCAUACAAAACAUUCUCUGAAAAGGACCGAGAAAUCUAUAGAUGGCCCAUCAAAGAAUCCCUGAAAGCUACGAUUGCUUGGGAGUGGACACUUGAAAAGGCAGGCGAGGGAGUGGAAAAAAGUGACAAAGGAGAGAAGAAAACUCGCAAGAUUUCACAGUCCGCACAGGUUGUCUAUGAUCCUAGUCAUGGUUACAAUCCGCAGGCACCCGAACUGUUGAACAUGACUUUGUCUCGUGAGUUGCAGUCAAUGGCAGAGCAACUUGCUGAAAACUACCACAACACAUGGGGUCGGAAGAAGAAGCUGGAACUACAAGCCAAAGGUGGAGGAAGUCAUCCACUUUUGGUGCCAUAUGAUACAUUGACAGCGAAAGAAAAAGCUCGGGACAGGGAGAAAGCUCAUGAACUACUCAGAUUCUUGCAGAUGCAUGGAUAUGCUGUAACAAGAGGUAUGAAAGAUAUGGAAUUGGACACAUCUUCAAUCGAGAAGAGAUUUGCCUAUGGUUUCCUGAAGAAAUUGUUGCAGUGGUUGGACAUAGCUCAAGAGUUUGUUUUACACAUAGAGGCUGUUGUUAGCAGUGGAAGAGUUGAGAAAUCCCCUCAUGAACAGGAGAUCAAGUUCUUUGUAAAGAUUUUGCUCCCAUUGAUUAAUCAAUACUUCAAGAACCAUUGCUUAUACUUCCUUUCAACUCCUGCUGAACUCCUGGGCAGUGGAGGACAUGCCUCAAACAAAGAAAAGGAAAUGAUAGCCAGUAUCUUCUGCAAACUGGCAGCUUUGGUCAGACAUAGAAUCUCCCUCUUUGGUACUGAUGCCCCUGCAGUUAUAAACUGUUUGCAUAUUUUAGCAAGAUCCCUGGAUGCCAGGACAGUGAUGAAAUCUGGACCUGAAAUAGUGAAAGCUGGUUUGCGGUCAUUCUUUGAGGGAGCUGCUGAAGAUAUUGAGAAAACUGCAGAAAAUCUGAAGCUUGGCAAAGUCUCUCAGAGUCGAACCCAAGUGAAAGGAGUUGCUCAGAAUAUCAACUACACUACAGUGGCCCUGCUGCCUGUACUCACCUCACUGUUUGAUCAUGUGGCCCAGCAUCAAUUCGGAGAUGAUGUAAUGUUGGAUGAUGUUCAAGUUGCUUGCUAUCGAAUCUUGUCCAGUAUUUAUACUCUUGGAACUACAAAGAACUCUUACGUGGAAAGGCAGCGUCCCUCUCUAGGUGAAUGUCUCGCAAGAUUGGCAGCUGCUAUGCCAGUGGCCUUCCUGGAGCACCAUCUCAAUGACCACAACGUGUGUUCAGUUUACAACACAAAGUCUCCACGCGAAAGGGCCAUUUUGGGUUUGCCAAACAGUGUUGAGGAAAUGUCUCCAGACAUUCCUGAUCUGGAUAAUCUUAUGAAAGAAAUUAAUGAUCUGGCAGAGUCUGGUGCUCGAUAUACAGAGAUGCCACAUGUUAUUGAAAUCACACUUCCUAUGUUGUGUAACUAUCUGCCACGAUGGUGGGAACAGGGACCUGAGAAUAUUGCCGAUGAAACCGAAAUACACUGUACAAGCAUCACCUCUGAACACCUCAAUGCCAUGCUGGGAAAUAUUCUGAAGAUUAUAGUUAAUAAUUUGGGUAUUGAUGAAGCAUCUUGGAUGAAAAGACUUGCAGUGUUUGCACAACCAAUUAUCAGCAAGGCCAAGCCUGAACUAUUGAAAUCCCAUUUCAUCCCUACCAUGGAAAAGUUAAAGAAGAGAUCAAAAAAAGUAGUGGCUGAGGAGGAUCAAUUGCGCAUGGAGGGCAAGGGUGAUGUCGUGGAGAGUGAAUUACUAAUUCGCGAUGAAUUUUCUGUUCUCUGUCGUGAUUUGUAUGCUUUGUAUCCACUGCUGAUUCGUUACGUAGACAAUAACAGAGCCAUGUGGUUAACAGAACCAAACCCCGAUGCUGAAGAGCUUUUCAGAAUGGUUGGAGACAUCUUCAUCCUGUGGUCAAAGUCACAUAAUUUCAAACGUGAGGAGCAGAAUUUUGUGGUGCAAAAUGAAAUCAACAAUAUGUCAUUUCUGACUGCAGACAGCAAAAGUAAGAUGUCCAAGGCUGGAGAGGAUGGACAGUCAGGAGGGUCUGACCAAGAAAGGACCAAAAAGCAGAGGAGGGGUGAUCGCUACUCCGUUCAGACGUCUCUGAUUGUAGCAACUCUGAAAAAAAUGCUUCCAAUUGGCCUGAACAUGUGUUCACCUGCUGAUCAAGAACUCAUUAACACAGCCAAGAUAAGAUAUUCCCUGAAAGAUACUGAUGAAGAAGUACAAGAGUUUCUACAAGACAACCUCCAUUUGCAAGGAAAGUGUGAAAAUUCUUCUUCAAUGCGAUGGCAGAUGGCAUUAUACAAGGACAUUGCUGGCAAAGCUGAAGACAGCAACGAUCCUGAAAAGAUAGUGAAACGAGUGCAGGAGGUCUCUGCUGUUCUGUUUCAUCUGGAGCAGACAGAACAUCCUUUCAAGUCCAAGAAGAUGGUUUGGCACAAAUUGUUAUCCAAGCAGCGCAGGAGAGCUGUGGUAGCAUGUUUCCGAAUGACCCCCCUAUAUAACUUGCCAAGGCAUCGCGCAUCUAACCUCUUCAUCGAAGGUUAUAGAAAUUCCUGGAUUGAUACCGAGGAACAUUCGUUUGAAGAUAAACUAAUAAAUGAUCUGGCUAAAUCAGGUGAAGCAGAAGAAGAGGAGGAAGAGGCAAAAGAAUCAAAACCUGAUCCACUUCAUCAGUUGAUUCUUCACUUCAGUCGUACCGCUCUAACUGAGAAGAGCAAACUGGAAAUGGACCAUCUCUACAUGUCAUAUGCUGAUAUCAUGGCAAAGAGUUGUCACAUUGAAGAAGAAGCAGAAGAAGAAAAUGAAGAAGACGUUGAGCUUAGUUUUGAAGAAAAGGAGAUGGAGAAACAAAGACUUCUCUACCAGCAGUCCAGAUUACACAGCCGUGGAUCUGCUGAGAUGGUUCUACAGAUGAUUAGUGCAUGCAAGGGUGAGCCUGGUGCAAUGGUUUCCUCAACUCUAAAGCUUGGUAUUUCCAUUCUGAAUGGCGGUAAUAAUGAAGUCCAACAGAAAAUGCUAGACUAUCUGAAGGAGAAAAGAGAGACUGGUUUCUUUCAAAGUAUGCAAGCUCUCAUGCAAACCUGCAGUGUUCUGGAUCUCAACGCAUUUGAAAGACAGAAUAAGGCUGAAGGCCUAGGAAUGGUCACAGAAGAGGGAACCAUCAUCAAACGUGAACGUGAAGGCAAACAAAACGGUUCUGGUGAGAAGGUGAUGUCAGACGAUGAAUUUACUCAAGAUCUGUUCAGGUUCCUGCAGUUGCUUUGUGAGGGACACAAUAACGAUUUCCAGAAUUACCUGAGAACUCAAAUAGGGAACACUACAACUAUCAACAUCAUUAUUUGCACAGUCGACUACCUGCUGCGCUUACAGGAAUCCAUCAGUGAUUUCUAUUGGUACUACUCUGGUAAAGAUGUUGUUGAUGAGCAAGGGAAAAGAAACUUCUCCAAGGCUAUGGCUGUUGCUAAGCAAGUUUUUAAUAGUCUUACUGAAUAUAUUCAGGGUCCAUGUACUGGUAACCAGCAAAGUCUGGCUCACAGCAGAUUAUGGGAUGCAGUUGUUGGCUUUCUCCACAUCUUUGCACACAUGAUGAUGAAGCUUGCGCAGGAUUCUAGCCAGAUUGAAUUGUUGAAGGAGCUCUUGGACUUGCAGAAAGACAUGGUGGUAAUGCUACUUUCAUUACUGGAAGGAAAUGUUGUGAACGGAACGAUUGCAAAGCAAAUGGUGGAUAUGUUGGUCGAGUCUUCAAGCAAUGUUGAAAUGAUCCUAAAGUUCUUUGAUAUGUUCUUGAAACUAAAGGACAUUGUGGCUUCUGAUGCAUUUAAAGAUUAUGUAACUGACCCCAGAGGACUUAUCUCGAAGAAGGAUUUUCAGAAAGCAAUGGACAGUCAGAAGCAAUACACAUCUUCUGAGAUCCAGUUCUUACUUUCAUGCUCAGAAGCGGAUGAGAAUGAAAUGAUAAACUAUGAGGAAUUUGCUAACCGGUUCCAGGAGCCAGCCAAGGACAUAGGUUUUAACGUAGCUGUGCUACUCACUAAUCUGUCUGAGCAUGUCCCUCAUGAUACAAGACUUCAAAACUUCUUGGCAUUAGCAGAAAGUAUUCUCAAUUAUUUCCAGCCUUUCCUAGGCCGCAUCGAGAUCAUGGGCGCCAGUAAGAGGAUAGAGCGCAUUUACUUUGAGAUUAGUGAGGCCAAUAAAACACAGUGGGAGAUGCCUCAGGUGAAAGAGUCGAAGCGGCAGUUUAUCUUUGAUGUGGUGAAUGAAGGUCGAGAAUCUGAGAAGAUGGAAUUUUUUGUCAACUUCUGUGAAGACACCAUUUUUGAGAUGCAAAUCGCUUCAAAGAUCUCGGAAGCAGAUGAGGGAGAAAAGUCAGAAGAAGAAGAAGAGGAAGAAGAAAAUGCUGAAGGAACAGAGGCUGAGAAAAUAUCUUCUCCAGCUGAAGCACCAUCUGCUUUUUCGGGAUUCUUUAGCUCCAUUGUCGACUUUUUUAAAAUAUUCACAUUUAAGAAUGUAAGGAAGAGGUAUAGAAAACUAAAGAAGAUGACAAUUAAAGAGAUUGUGAUGUCUCUGGUGUCCUUCUUUUGGACUUUGUUUAUAGGCAUUUUGCAGUUUAUCUACAGUAUCUGUAGUGGUUUCUUCAUGAUAGUAUGGAAUACCUUAUUUGGGGGUGGCUUAGUUGAAGGAGCUAAACAUUUGACAGUCACAGAACUCCUGGCUAGUAUGCCUGAUCCUACUCAGGAUGAGGUUCACGCUGAUCUUCCUGACAUUAGUAAGACAGAGGUUGAAGACACUGCAGUCCAGUCUGAGUUUGAUGAUCAAGCUAAAGAUGAAGAAACAGCCGAGAAGCCUGAUGCAAAGAGGGAAAGUGGCCAGUUAAGGAUGGGUUCACCUGAAUCCAACCUAGGACUUGGUGACAUUGUGGAAUCUGCAGCAGUUGAGCCUCCAACCCCAGAGGGAACACCACCUAGUUUUAGGAAGGUCAGGCAACUUCAGCUGGAUAUCAAGUCUGAACAGCAACUCAAGACUGAAGCAGAGAAAGCAGACAUCGAGAAUGGUGAGAAGGCGGAGAUGGAUAUGAAAGAAAAAGAGGUGGUUGAACUCCCGGCAGAACAGGAAGAAAAACCAGGAGAAAAAGGAGAGCCAGAAGAAAAAGCAGAAACGGAAGAGAAAGGAGAGGCGGAAGGGAAAGGAAAGCCAGAAGAAAUAGAAAAGGCUGAUGGAGAAAAAGAAGAAAAAGAAGAAGUUUCUACACUAGCAAAAAAGGCAAGAAAAAAAGCCAAGAUGGAGAGGAAAAAGGUGGAACCAGAAGCAGUGAUGGAGUUCUGGAACGAGUUUGAAAAUUAUAAGACAAAGCUCUUGAAUUACCUGUCAAGAAAUUUCUAUAAUCUCCGCUUCCUGGCUCUGUUUGUGGCAUUUGCAAUCAACUUUAUCCUCCUCUUCUAUAAGGUGUCAGUGCUUGAAGAUGAGGAAGACUUUGAAGGAUCAGGUUUUAACGAUGAAAUGAUGAGCAAUGGCUUUGGAAAUGGAAAUGGUGAUGAAGAAGAGGAGGAGGAAGAUGACGAUUCAUUGGUAUAUUUUGUCAUUGAAGAGAGUACAGGUUAUAUGGCACCAACUUUGAAAAUCCUCUCAAUUCUUCACACACUGCUCUCUUUCCUCUGCAUUAUCGGAUACAACUGCUUAAAGGUUCCUUUGGUCAUCUUUAAACGGGAGAAGGAACUUGCCAGGAAAUUGGAAUUUGAUGGUUCAUAUAUCACAGAGCAGCCUGCAGACGAUGACAUUAAAGGACAAUGGGAUCGGCUUGUUCUUAAUACACCGUCAUUCCCAAAUAACUACUGGGACAAAUUUGUCAAAAGAAAGGUGUUAGAUAAGUAUGGUGAUAUCUAUGGCAGGGAGCGCAUCGCAGAGCUGCUGGGCAUGGAUAUGAGUGCCUUGGAUGUCACUGUGCCUCAGGAAAAGAAACCCGCGACUGAUAGCUCUGUUCUCUCAUGGAUCACAUCCUUAGAUAUCAAGUACCAGAUUUGGAAGUUUGGUGUGAUAUUCACUGACAAUUCCUUCCUGUAUCUUUGCUGGUAUUUGGUCAUGUCUAUCCUUGGCCAUUACAACAACUUCUUCUUUGCGGCACAUCUGCUGGAUAUUGCUAUGGGUGUCAAGACACUUCGUACCAUUCUGUCUUCUGUAACUCACAAUGGCAAACAGCUGAUGAUGACUGUGGGACUGCUGGCUGUCGUUGUGUAUCUCUACACAGUUGUGGCUUUUAACUUCUUCCGCAAAUUUUAUAACAAGAGUGAGGAUGAAGAUGAGCCAGAUAUGAAGUGCGAUGAUAUGAUGACAUGUUACCUGUUCCACAUGUACGUGGGUGUGCGAGCUGGAGGUGGUAUUGGUGAUGAGAUUGAAGACCCAGCUGGAGACGAAUAUGAGCUCUACCGUGUUGUCUUUGACAUCACCUUCUUCUUUUUUGUCAUUGUUAUCCUUCUAGCCAUCAUUCAAGGUUUGAUUAUUGAUGCUUUUGGUGAACUGAGAGACCAGCAGGAGCAGGUGAAAGAGGAUAUGGAGACCAAAUGCUUCAUUUGUGGGAUUGGUAGCGACUACUUUGACACGACACCGCACGGGUUUGAAACGCACACUUUGGAGGAACACAACUUGGCAAAUUACAUGUUCUUCCUGAUGUAUCUAAUUAACAAAGAUGAAACUGAACACACGGGUCAGGAAUCAUACGUGUGGAAGAUGUACCAGGAACGAUGCUGGGAUUUCUUCCCAGCUGGAGACUGCUUCCGGAAGCAAUAUGAAGAUCAACUGGGAUAAUGUUGAUGCUUAUAUACUGCACUUCUAACAACCUCUCACUUCUAACUAGUUCUGGAAUAAAAGUCACCUUUUUGCUGUCUGACAAAUGCUUGUAAAAAGAACAAAUUAAACUGGAUUUUAUUAUGUACACAGUUUUUAAAAAAAUAACUGAACCAGAUAUGUAAAUUGGCCAUGCUGCUUUUGCACACACUAAUCAAUUAAUGAGUCUUGAUAUAGAUUUAUACUUGAGUGUACAUUGAAAAGUCUUGAUAUUUUAUGUAUCUAUUUUACAAAUAGGAGAAAAGGUUGGUUAAAAUAAAGUGCCUUAGCCUAAUCCUGAAAUGCCAUGUAAUACAAACCCUUUAUACCUUUCCCAUUAUGCAGGUAAUGAGAUGUCACCUUGCUGCACUAUUCGAUGGUGUUAGCACCAUUGUCACUGCAUUCUACUUUCAAUCCUAAUAACUGAAAUAGCCACUGAAUUCAAGCAGCCACAUUCUGUUUGCAAACCGUCGCAAUGCUGUUCAUUAUGGGGCUCCCAGAAUCUGUCUAUGUUCAUCAAAAGACAAGUAAACAGCACGUUCACAAAACCAAUAUUUGCCAAUCUUUUUAACUCCAUGCUUAAAUGCUCCCAUAUGAACAGUUUUCUGAUGCUGCCCUGAUCAUCUGGUUACAAGGUGUUGCUAUGCAGAUAUGAAAACCUGGUGUCAGGGUUCAUCCAGGUAAAGACCAGUGUACUCUUGAAUUAAUUUUGUAGUGCACGGUCGAAGCUUAAAUAUUAUAUUGCUGUCCUAAUUUAUUUUGUUGAAAUAAUUUUAAUUGAUCGUUGCAGAGAUAUCUUUAAUCGACUAUUUAUUUAAUUUGGUAUUUAUGUUGUCUCAAACUCCUGCUUAUUUGUUUUCUAAGACUAUGCAGUUUGACGUGUUACUUUGCUCGGACUGAUUUAUCCUGUAUUUAAGAGGGUGGUUUGGAAGAGCUAUUGUGCAUCAUGUUUAUACCACUCAUUUAUGUGGAAUGGAUACAGUCAAUGCUUUGUUGGUAAAACUUUCAAAAUUAGCAUCAGGUUUCUUUCUAGUUGUUUCAGAGGGGUGAUUAUUGUGGCAUUUACCAACCAGUGUUGGUUGCGAUUUUAAUUUAAAUUUCGCUGGAAGGAUAGGAAUGCAUUUUUACACAAGUUAGUCCCUCUUGACUGUACAACUCUAAGUGUAAAACAGUGUUCAUUUUAAUCCUAUUUUUUUUUAAUGAAACAUUGCUACACUGAAAACUGGAACACAUAACAACACAAAUACAAAAUUGGCAAUAUUGAUGCAGUUCAUAAGUUAGACUAAUAGCUCAUUCUGUAGCCUUUCCUGUGUAGUUUUCAUUGCCAACUCUUCAGCCAUUUAGUUCCAAAACAUCUUAAAAUAAUGUUGGUUACAUUUCCAGAGCUAUAGAGAAAUUAAAUGACGUGACUGCUUCAAAGAUGACACAAUACAGUAUUUGCUUGAAUGUACAACCAAAUAUAGUCAAACUCAGGAGAAAUUAACUUGGUUCCUAUUUCCUUUUACACAAUAAAAGUUGUUUGCUGUUCAAUUAUUGAUCUACAUUAAUUAGAAUAUAACAGUAAAUCUGCCUUCUGAUGCAACUGCAAUUUGACUGUAUAGAGGUCUGUCACACAACCAGACUGGUUUGUUUUUUAUAUCAUGCUGAAACUGAAGGGACUAGAAUGCUACUAGACUCCUGUGAAGCAGGGUCAUGGUUCAAAGAAGUGCUCUGCCUUUCCAAAUAAAUUGGUUGGACUUUACAGUAUGCUUUUUGAUUUACAACCUCUAUUAAUAGCAAUUUUCAGAAUAAUGUCAGCAAAACUUAAGUUAGUGUAGAUAGGUGACUGAAAAAGAGAUUGUAAAAUGUUUUAUCUGUUCAGCCCACUGAGCACACAAGGUUAGACAACCUUGCAGAUGAUAUAGCUCAGACUGGCUACUGACCAAAAGAGUUAUGUCUGAAAAUAUGAUUUAAUCUUAAUUCCACGUCACAGAGAGGUGGCUGCAACACCAUUUCUGCAACAGUUGGACUCAGUUAUGGAAAAUUAAUCCAAACAUCAAAUUCCAAACAGUGCAAAACACAACAGUUUGACAACAAGGUAUAAGAGUACAUCAUACUACACUGGCAGUUAAUUAAAGUGAGGGGAGAUAGAGGGAAAGGUUGAAGAUAGGGAGAGAGGGCAACAGGGAGAUAGAAAAACAGCAUUUUUUCCCUCAAAAUGCAGAUGGAGAAGAGGGCAAAGGCAGAGGGAGAGAGACACAUGGCGAUUAGAGAGGGAAACGCCAAGGGAGGUUUCGAGAACAAGUAGAGAGAGCAGGAGACCAGCAAAGACCGAAGGAGAGGAAUAGGGAGUGUCAGUGAGAGAGGGCAUGAGUAUGUCCUCUCUCUACCUCCCCGUCUUCUGCCUCCCAUUCAUUUCCCAUGUCAAUCUCAUUCCUCUCUCUUCCCAUCUUCUCCCCUUUCAGCAUUCCGCAGAGACCACUCCCUCCGUAACUCACUGGUCAGCUCUUGGUGUCAACCGUUCUACAUUGCAGGCUUGGCGAUCGCUUCGCCCAACACCUCCUCUCAGUUCGCAUUAACCAACCUGAUCUCCCGUUGGCUCAGCACUUCAACUCCCCCUCCCAUUCCGAGUCUGACCUUUCUGUCUU